GAAGGAGCGCGCGGCGGCCUGGCCCCGCCCCCGCCCCGCCCGGCCGUCCGCCCGCCCCGGUGACCUUCAGGGCCCGGGUGGCGGGCGCAGGCCCCUGAGGCGGCGGCCGCGAUGUUCGUGCAGGAGGAGAAGAUCUUCGCGGGCAAGGUGCUGCGGCUGCACAUCUGCGCGGCCGACGGCGCCGAGUGGCUGGAGGAGGUGACCGAGGACACCUCGGUGGAGAAGCUCAAGGAGCGCUGCCUCAAGCACUAUACACAUGGGAACUUAGAAGACCCCAAAAGUGUAACACAUCAUAAAUUAAUACACGCUGCUUCAGAGAGGGUGCUGAGUGAUACCAAAACCAUCCUAGAAGAGAACAUCCAAGAUAGAGAUGUCUUAUUGUUGAUUAAAAAGCGUGCUCCCUCCCCAGUUCCUAAGAUGGCUGAUGUCUCAGCAGAAGAACAGAAGAAACAAGACCAGAAAGCUCCAGAUAGAGAUGCUAUCUUCCAAGCCACGGCCAACUUGCCGCCAUGCAGCAUGGACCGGGAGGUGGCGCAGCCCAGCAUGAGAGACUUCCAGACAGAACUCCGGAAAAUCUUGGUGUCUCUCAUCGAGGUGGCACAAAAAUUGUUGGCACUGAAUCCUGAUGCAGUCGAAUUAUUUAAAAAGGCAAAUGCCAUGCUGAAUGAAGAUGAGGAGGCGCACGUGGAUGAGGCCGCCCUGCGCCAGCUCACGGAGAUGGGCUUCCCGGAGAGCAGAGCUGUGAAGGCCCUGCGGCUGAGCCACAUGUCAGUAACUCAGGCCAUGGAGUGGUUAAUUGAGCAUGCGGAAGAUCCAACCAUAGACACACCUCUUCCAGGCCACGCCACGCCAGACGUGCCGGGGGCCGCCGUGGCCUCCUCUGACGCAGCCUCCUCCGAGGCUGCUGCUGGGGCCGGCACAGGAGACGAGGAGGCCCGAGACGAGCUGACAGAAAUCUUCAAGAAGAUUCGAAGGAAAAGGGAGUUUCGGGCAGAUGCUCGGGCCGUCGUCUCCCUGAUGGAGAUGGGCUUCGACGAGAAGGAGGUGAUGGACGCCCUCAGGGUGAACAACAACCAGCAGAACGCUGCCUGCGAGUGGCUGCUGGGGGACCGGAAGCCUUCUCCUGAGGAGCUGGACAGAGGCAUCGACCCCGACAGCCCCCUCUUCCAAGCCAUCCUGGACAACCCCGUCGUGCAGCUGGGCCUGACCAACCCUAAGACGCUGUUAGCCUUUGAGGACAUGCUGGAGAACCCCCUGAACAGCACACAGUGGAUGAAUGACCCUGAGACCGGGCCCGUCAUGCUGCAGAUCUCCAGGAUUUUCCAGACGCUGAACCGCACGUAGGGGGCUGCCCCCCGCCGCGCUGGCCCCCCGGACAGGCGCGAGCUGAGCCCCUGCCUUCCUUCCCAGCUGGUGCCAGCCUGGCUGCCAACGGAGAACCGUGGAGCCCUCUGGUCCGGCUCUGGGGGGUGGGGGUGCCUGGGCGGGGGUCCCUGGCUGGGAAGCUGCCUGCCAAGCCUUGGCACAAGGUGUGCUCCCAGUUUUUAAACUUAUUGCUUAAAAUAACUUCUGUGAUGGUGGUUUGUAAGUUCAUAUUUUUAGCAUCUGACAGAUGUUUACAGAAAGUGACUGUACCUCUGGGAAACCGAAGAAUGAGCAGCCCUCACCCAUGAGUGUUCCUUGCAGCUCUUGACCUGCAGCUUGACCUGCCCCUAGGAGUUGGCCUUGGAGAGCCCGUCUGUCACGGGAGGCAUGUUCCAGUCCCAAGCGCUGAUGUCAAUGUGUUCAUUUGAAAUGUAGAGUAACGCACAGGUGACUUUUCUUUAAUAAAUAAUUUCCUUUCUUCCUGUU